GCCCUCACCUGGCUUGACUAUACCUUCUCACUUCCUCUAAUCCAUUGGUUAAGGUCGAUAUGCUCGCUUUCGCCGUCCUCAGCUUGUUGCUUCCGGCCUAUGUGAGCGCUCAAAUCUAUGGUCCUGCACCUGGUGGAGGAGGUACCACCACGUCGGCGAGUGCUGCUGCUGCCCCUGCACCUUCUGCUCCAGCUAGCACGGCCGGCCAGAUCAACGUAGACGUGUCGCCAAAUGCCCAAUUUAUGUUCAACCCUAACAACAUCACGGCCCCCAAUGGCACUCUUGUUACUUUCUUCUUCCCCAGUGGUUCCCUGGCCCAUUCUGUGACUCAAUCUUCGUUCGAUCAACCAUGCACAUGGCUCGCGGCUGCCAACGGCUCUUCUGGAGGCUUCGACUCUGGCCUCCAGACUUCCGUCCAGUUCACGAUCAACAUCACCAACGACCAAGAACCCAUCUGGUUCCACUGUAAGCAGAUCGACCACUGCGGUUUGGGCAUGGUCGGCGCUAUCAAUGCCCCUACUUCGGGCAGCAACACCUUCCAAGCAUUCAUGAGUGCCGCUAUGGCCAUUGGAUCUAAUGAGGUUACGGAAACCGACAACGGUCCUGUGACAGGGGGUGUCAAUGCUAUUGCAACCGCCGCGCCAGCCGCCACGGCCUCUAGUUCCUCUUCCUCCUCGUCGGGAUCAUCCUCGGACGCGACGCGUUUAGGGGUUAGUAUUGCGUUUGCACUGGUUGCUGCUGGUGCUGCCGUCGCCUUCUUGUGAUCGGACAUAUAUACCCUGGGUUAUAUCCAUAUCAUAUAGAGUUGGUGAUACGGGGUCAGGUGUUUGGCAUUUCUUGGACGAGGCGGACUGUUGCUCUUACAUAUGAUUUAUCAUUGAC